GUGUUUUCCAGCCUCGCCGAAGAAUGCUUGCAGCCACAACUAUUCAACGAUAAAGCACGACAGAUAUAUAUCCUGACUGCCACUGAGACUCGGAACUUUUCCGAUUCUAGGUCUUAAAUCAAUUUUGUAUGAUGCAACAUUGACACGACCCCUUCGACCACCAUCUUUAACAUCCUCACUAUGUUUGAAUCAUUACAACCCAUCAGUUAUGCAGUCGUGUCCAUAUUCUUCUUCAUCUCGUCUAUAACAACUUUGCUUCGAAUAUAUGCACGAGGCUACCUCGUCAGGAGUUUUGGGUUGGACGAUUGGUGCAUGUUUUUUAUUUUGUUUUUCAACGCCGGCCAACAAAUUAUUCUGUAUUACUUCCUCCACUAUGGCGCCGGACUACAUUUGACGACCGUUUUCACAACCCACCCCGAGUGGCUCACGAAUCUUACAUACGCUCUUUUUGCUGAGGAAAUUUAUUAUAUCUGGAUGCACUGGGUCAUCAAAAUGGCUUUCCUGCUUUUCUACCUCCGUUUUGCCACAACUCGAACCUUCAGAUGCCUGGUUUACGGAACCAUGGGUCUCAAUACCAUCUUUUCAAUCAUCACAUGGCUUCUCUAUGUCCUUCAAUGUAUGCCGUUGGAUGCUAUCUUCCACCCAGCUGCCCAUCCCAAAGCCAAAUGCGUGGAUCGUGCUGUUCUUGCUUUCGCUCCUACUGGAUUUAGUGCCUUCAUCGAUAUAGCAAUCCUCAUCCUCCCAAUUCAGCCACUCUGGCAAAUCCAAGUUAGUGUCCGCAAGCGACUCACCCUCAUCGGCAUUCUCAGUCUCGGCAGCCUCGUCGUCCUUGUCUCUAUGCUUCGAAUCAUUGUCCUCGUGCAGUUCGAGAAGAAUAUCGACCUCACCUACACCCUCGGUAAACUCAUCAUCAUCUCCUCUAUCGAGAUCGAUCUCGCCAUCAUCGCUGCCAACGCUCCUUCGCUGAAAAUCUACUGGUCAAAAUACAUCUCCCGACCAAAUACACCGACGAGAAAAGAUCAGUAUGAGUCUAUUACUCUUUCGACGAUGGAAGGAAAGAAGGUUCUGUCCCAGGCAUCGAGCUGUCAUAUUUCGAGUAGUAAUAAAAGUGGUGCGAGGAGUAACAUGAUAAGUCCUGAGAUCAUGGCUGAAGAGGCGGAUAUUGGUAUUGCCAUCUCGCACGAGAGGAUGCUCGGGGAGUUGACCAGGGGAAGUCAGGAGGCGUUAUGGAAUAGUGAGGACGGGAUUAUUGUUACGAGUUCGGUGGGUGUGGUGGUGCAAGAUAAGCCGAGGCAGGAAGCUGGUGACUUGGAGGCAAAUUAUUAUGUUUUCGAUAAGGAGUAGGGAGAUAAUGGGUGGCGAUUUGUUUUCUUGUUGAUAUUAAAUGAGAUACCCUGGGAUACAAAUAUGGUGGCGUGGAUAUGGUUAUGGAUAUGUAAUGUAAAUGAACUGUAAAGUAUUUGAGGAAUUAAGGAGUUUUCCCU